CCUGCUGGUCCUCCUGGUCGGCCAUCCAAGCAGCAGGCAAGCUGCUUUUCUCCCGGGCGCCUCUCAGCUGAUCGGCGGCUGGGCGGGGCUUCCAGGGAGGCCUCCGUGUAGGCCUCCGUGAAGCCUGAAUUCGAGUAGGCUGGCCAGCCCCAGGAAGAAGGCUGGCAGUCAGAGUGGCCACUCCAGUCCUCUGCAGCAGACCCUCUUCUUCCCAGGCCAGACAGCUCAGCCGUGGCCGGGUAGAAUGUGGAUUCCUUUUGGUGGUCACACCCCGCCCCCCGCCCCCUAUAUCCAGAACGAGAACAUUGAGGCGCUCCAGAGGAUGAUCAGGGCUUUGCUGGAGGAGGCCCCCUCUGUCUGGAACUGAAUCAGCAUCUUGAAGGACAGGGAACUCCCUCUACUUGUCAACCUGAUGAGCUGGUGAGGACUCAGCCGUUAAGAGUUCAGAGAACUUUUGCUCUCCACCUGAAAGAGACAUCCCACUUCUCAGAGAAGUUGAAGGUCACCCCUUCAAACCUGCACAUACACUUCACUCAAGCCAUUUCCAGACUUCUCUUCCUUGGGUGUGCACCCAAACGGACCAACUGCAGCAUCCAUGAACUCAUUCUUCUACCUGAAUAUUGGACCCUCCAGGUUGCGAAGAGUCUGCAGAUGCUGCAGAAAGUUCUUUAAGACCUCCCCCAGCAGUGACUCCGAAAAGGGCAAGCCCCCCAGAGGGAGGUUCUGGCCACGAAGCAAGCGGGUUGAGCCAACUCCAGCGCCACCUCCAACUCCCUCAGGCGGCACCCCGGCAGUCUCGGGAGUCACCAUCGGUUUGACAACUAUCCAGGAGGAAGUGGACAGAGCUGAGGUCAUCUUCAGCUGGACCCAGUUCCUGUCAGCAGUAAUAGAAGACGUCAAAGACAUCAGGUCGCAGGGUGGUCAGCUUCUGACCUAUGAUAAGGAUGAGGCUGUGGAAGCCGUACUGGAAAUUAUGGAGGAUGUCAAAAAGCAUCCGGACCCUGGGUUCCUGCUGCGGUUAAGCCUGGACGCCGUCACAGAACUCACCAAAAUGAAGCCGCCUAUGCCAUUCAAUCUCAAGGCAGCAGUCCUCAAUGUGGCGGUGUCUGGGCUGAACCAAGUGGACCCAGGGACCCAGGAGAACAUGGCAUCCUUUAAGAAGAUGCUCAGGGGGCUGCUGAAGGAGGCCCCCUCUGUCUACAGCACCAUUGACAUCUUGAAGGAGCUCCACAGGUAUAUUGAAUCAGAGGAGCCCCGGCUGCAGGCUCUGGGCCGAGAAGCCUACGUCUACGUCCUGCAGCAUGUGGCCAGACUGCCCAAUGUGGAACUGACCACACACAAGGCUCUCUUGCGCAUUGAAGAUGACUUGACUCAUCAUUUGAUUCAAAGCACCAUCAAAGAUGAUCUUGUCCUGGAGGACUUCAAUGAGGAGGAGGAGUCUGCUAAUUGUAUGAGUAUCAGAAUGGAGCGGGUGGGAGUGGUUGAAUAGCCAUUCAAUCUUUUGUCUUUUUGUUUGGUUUUCUAGGCUGAGAGAGAACAACUACUCCAACAAGAAUAGAACUUGGUUACCCAGUGGCAGUAGAUUCAGGACAGACUGCUUUGCACAAUGCAUCUUUAUGUUGCGGGAUUCCCUUCGAGAUGUCGGGAGUGCCACCGGCUUCGCUUAAGAAUUAUGCCAAUUAAUAGAAGAUAGGUCUGUCGAUAGACAGGUGAGCUCUGGGGAGCCCGGUGAAGGAUUGCAGGUAUCCCUCUGAGGGAAUGGAUGCUGAGGAAAAACAGAAGAAAGAACAGGGAAAGGCGGAGAGGACUUUCCCCAGCUUGUGGCCCAUUUUAUCCUCCGAUGCCAAUCUCUGGAAAAAAGAUACUUUCCCCCUGCUUAGUUGCCUAUGUGCCGUGAGCGUCUGGAGUUGCUUCUUGUGAAUGGGUUGGUUGGUGGGUUGGGUAUUUUUCGAUCUCCCCUUUAUGAUACUAGUUGGAAAGAAAGUCACUUCUGCUGUAUUAGAUUGACUGGCCUGGAUCAUGUGACGUUCUUUCUUUCUUUCUUUCUUUCUUUCUUUCUUUCUUUCUUUCUUUCUUUCUUUCUUUCUUUCUUUCAUGACAGGCUAGAACUACUGAUGGAUGGGCUAACAGUCCAAAUUCCAAAACAGCCAUCCCAGUUCCUAGAGGAAAGGUCUCUCUCUCUCUCUCUCUCAUUUUAUUGAAUGUAAUGGCCUAACUUCCCGAAAGACUUACCUGGAGUCCGUGAUGAGCCGGAUGAGGGAGAACAAACUGAGGCUCAAUCCAAGGAAGACAAAGCAUUUUUCACCAACUACGAAUGAAAAGAUUCCUCAGCCAAUGCACACACUACACUGUGCUGCCAAUAGAGUGUGGCCCGUGAAGCUCGUCACUCCCACCCUGAUAUCUCUACUGCCUAAAGUCCACAAAAAAGUCUCGGUCAUCAGCUCUGAUUCCAAAAAAGCUGACUUGGGUAUCUACAAACCUUAAGUCUGCACAGUGACUUCCAGGCCAAGACAGGGAUCAUUACCAUCCCAACAUAGACUCGAGAGACCGCUCCACUCCCAACAAGGGAGACCCCAGAGAAGUCACACCAAGAUCACCCUCCGAUCCUGAAGGUGACAUCGACAAAGCACAUAUGGAGCAUGAUACCAUCAACACUAGCUGAUCUUCUCAAGACCAGCUGCCUCCGGACUGAAAAGAGUCUCCUGCAUGAUACCAAUGAUCUAGAAGAGACCCUACGUGAUACCAACGCUCUCCGGGCCACAGGGAAUCCCCUCACCAUCUGUACUCUCCAAAACACUAUCCCAUAGGAUUCAGCAUAUUGCUACUGAGAACCUCGACACUGAGACUACUCUCCAUCUGAUCAUGCCCGAUCGUUCCACUAACUUCUUUGACGACAGAUCUGGCAUUGGUGAUAGAGGACGCUAUCUUCACCCUUGCUCUUGGGCUCCACAUCGAAACCAAUAUCCGGGGAGAUUGGACCAUCCAGACGCUCGGUCCCGAUCACAUUCUCCUCAGCACUGCCGGUCUUGGUCUCAGUCAAGAGAUCAAAGAACUCAACCACCUAAGCAGCCGGACCUUGACCCUCUACCACCAAAUUCCUGAACUGAAGAAUCCGCCUCAGAGGAAGAUGCUGAAACAGCUCUGGACAUCGCAUGGGGUUCCACACCUUCAGAUCCAAUUGGAGAUCCCAGGCCUCUGUCUCCCUCGGAGUACCUGAAGCUCUUUCAGCACCUGGAGCCAAGAAAGGGAGGGCUAAACUGAAUAGCAUGCCCUACCAUUUUUGAAAAAUGCUGGAACCCAACUUGCCCUCAUACAUACAAAAAAGGAUAUUCCCAAAGAGGUGUUAAUUCUCUUGGAAGGGUCAAUCAUGUGGAGCUUUGACUGCAAGAGGAUGGAUGGCAGAAGAAUCUUGUUCAGAGCUGUGUAGUUAUUGGGACCAUUUUCAGCAUUUUUUAAGUGCCAAAAUGUCUUCAGAAUCCGCUUACAGAAUUCAGCUUCUUGAGUCUCAGCUUUCUGUCCCUCUUUGAAACAAAAAGCCAAUGUCUAGGCACUGUGAUUUUAGAAAGGUACGCAAAUGGUUCUUAAGAGGAUGUUGAUACUGUUGAAGGACCCCUGGACCUUGAAUGCUGAAGGACCCUGCUAACGGGGCAAAGAGGCACCUUUUUAACAUGGUGAUUCUCUUCAUUUAGCAGGGGGAGAGUAACUGGCCCUAUCCACCCCCAGCACAGCACCUCCAGUGACUCUUAGGUUUCUUUUUAGAUUGUCAGCCCUUUGGGGACAGGGAUCCAUCUCAUUUAUAUAUGAUUUCUCUAUGUAAACCUCUUUGGAAACAUUUGUUGAAAGUGGUAUAGAAAUAUUUGUUGUUGUUGUUGUUGUUGAUUUCCAGUGUCCAGAGGCCACAACUUCAUGGCUGUGUACCCUUCCCUUUCCAUUCCUAUAGUCAACAGAAGCACAAUAGUUUUGUUCAAAGUGAGAGAAAGAAUGGGAAGUGGUUUAAUUUGCACCAGUUAUCCCAUCGCAGAACUCAACCUUGCCUGUGGCAGAAUUUAGGCUGUCGGUGCACACACAGAAUUGAGGCUGACAGCACACACAGUGCUGUCUGCAUGCAGUUCUUCCAAAUAACAGCAUCACAAGAAGUUGUGCUCCAGUUCAUGGCAAGGCUUUUUUUAAAACUGCAUUGCGUUAACCCUCCUCCCCUUUAUGUUACAUAGGUCCCUGUUUUCCAAAUCCACACUCUGUUGGACCGAGUUCAUACAACUCAGGGUACGUGUACCGUGUGAAGCCCUCCAGUACAUCGAAGUCAACCAUGGAAGAUACCUGUGAAGGCAUGAGACUGCAAGACCUCACUACCCAAUGUACAGCCCAAUGGGAUCUGGCCCAUAGAUGAAAGGGAAGACGUCAUUCAACUCUACUGACCUGUCUAUAAGACACAACCACCUCGAACAGGGAUGUCCAACUCAGGGUCCGUGGGCUGGAUCUAUCCUGUGGCGCUCCACUGUCCAGCAGCCGAGCAGGUCCAGCUGAUUCCUGCCGUGAGUGCCACCACAUUCCCUGUCUUCCCUCUCGCCAGCACCGCUGCAGCGACCGCUGAGCAGGGGCCAGGAAGUCCAUCACCAGCAUGGCCAAGAAGCGGCCCUUAUCCAGCCCUUCUUUCCCCCAUCAGGAAGUCAUGGCCAGAAGAGGUUUUCCCUUUUGAGAUGCUUUCUUCAUUUUGCCCAACAGAGCCAAUAAAGGAUGCAUUAAUUGCGGGAUUUUGUUUUCAGUAUCAUACAAAAAUUGGUGUCUUUCACAUUUUGACACCAAGCAAGGACAAUAAACGAUUUUCAUGUUUUAUUUUUCUUUCAUGUGUACUGUUUAUUGUAAACCUCCCAGAGACAUACGUUUCGGGUGGUACAUAAAUACGUUCAAUAAAAUCAAUCAAUCGAUA